GGUGGAGUGCGCUACUUAACGCUACACCAUAACUAGUGGAGUUCCGGAGCGAAGCUAGAGCAAUGUUCAGUGCACACCUGGGCAGUUUAAAGUGAAUUACGGAGGAAAGGUGCGAGGUUGUCCUCUUUCUGCAGCAAUGGAGCUUGAUAAACAGUCUGUUUGGGGGUCUCUGAAAGAGAAGACACGGCCCUUCAUACAGAACUUGACUGUCAAGAAAACCAAGAGCAGCUCGCACAAGUCAUUAAAUGUUCAUAAAAGGCACUCUCUAAGUCACCGGAUGAGUGUGUCUGUGCCAAACAUGAUGGAUAUGGGCUGUACAAUACAAGAGGAGAGUGAUUAUACAGAGUCUACGGUUUGUGCUACCUAUGUUUCCCCUAACCAUUCAUCUCCAGUAAUGUCUCGAAGCCGAACAAGACAAAUUGUUAAGCAUUCAAGAGAGAGCCGCACCUGGGUACAGGAGGAAAGCGGUGUUCACAUGGAAAUUACAGUGACUGAACCCGACGGCCUGGACUUUUCAGAUUCUGAAACCAAAGAGGAGGAUAUAUAUGGAGAUGAUUCUCAGAUCCUUGAAAUUAUGAAGCAGGAAUGCAUGGGAGAUGGCUUGUCCGACAAAAAUACACUGGACCCUUUGGGACCCAUUGAUUUGAAUUCUUCAAUAUCUUCACAGCAUUCCGAAGAAAUUGGGGGACUUGAAGACAGCACCAACAGUACUUUGAGUUUCAUGUCAUAUCUCCUUACUAUACAUUUAAGAGAAGGCCGGAACCUUGUCAUUAGGGAUCGUUCAGGAACUAGCGAUCCGUAUGUGAAAUUCAAACUUCACAAGAAAACCUUGUAUAAAAGCAAAGUUAUUUACAAGAACUUGAACCCAGUGUGGGAUGAAACCUUUGUGUUGCCCAUCCAAAGUCUUGAUCAAAAGCUGCAUGUAAAGGUAUAUGAUAGAGAUUUGACAACUGAUGAUUUUAUGGGAUCUGCCUACAUAGAUAUGAAAGACCUUGAACUGAACAAGGCUGAAGAAAAAAUAUUGAAGCUUGAAGACCCCAAUAGCUUGGAACAAGAUAUGGGAGUUAUUGUGGCAGAUGUUCGUUUGACAAUCAGAAUGAGAGAUCCUAAAAUGAAUAGAUGGUCUUCCCGAAGGAAGCUUGGUUCUUCUAAGGCAACUUCUAUGCAGAGCUUGCAGCUGUCAGAAUCCCUGGGGAAAACCCAACUGUGGAAUGGGACUGUCAGCAUCGCAUUACUGGAAGGGAUAAACCUCACAGAAGCUGGCACGUGUGAUAGUUUUGUAAGGUUCAAGCUUGGCGAUCAGAAGUACAUAAGCAAGACACUGUCUAAGAGCUCAAAUCCUCAGUGGAGGGAGCGCUUUGAUUUUCACUACUUCUCUGACAGGAUGGGGAUAUUGGAUAUUGAAGUGUGGGGGAAAGAUAACCGCAAGCAUGAGGAACUGUUGGGAUUAUGUAAAGUGGAUAUUGCAGGGCUGCCCAUCUACCAGGACAAUCGUUUGGAAGUGCCUCUAGAGAAGAACCAGGGCUCUAUACAUGUCAUCAUAACUCUAACACCCUGCUCUGGAGUUACCAUUUCUGAUGUGUGUGUUUGCCCAUUGGCAGACCCAAGUGAAAAUUUGCAGAUUAGAAAGCGUUAUUGUUUGAAAAACUCAUUCCAGAAUCUAAGAGAUAUUGGUUUUCUGCAAGUUAAAGUAUUGAGAGCAGAAGAUCUCUUAGCAGCAGACUUUGCAGGAAAAAGUGAUCCUUUUUGUGUCAUGGAAGUGGGAAAUGAUCGGCUACAGACUCACACAGUUUACAAAAACCUCAAUCCAGAGUGGAACAAAGUUUUCACCUUUCCUAUAAAAGAUGUUCAUGAUGUUCUAGAGGUAACUGUGUUUGAUGAAGAUGGAGAUAAGGCACCAGAUUUUCUUGGGAAAGUUGCAAUUCCUUUGUUGUCGGUGAAAAAUGGGCAGCAAGUGUCAUAUUUAUUAAAGAACAAAGAUUUGGGCAAUGUAACGAAAGGUCUGAUUCAUCUUGAAAUUGAUGUCAUCUAUAACUCGGUAAAAGCAAGUGUAAGAACUUUCUUUCCCAAGGAGAAACGCUUUAUAGAAGAUAACCCAAAGUUUUCUAAAAAGAUUCUAUCAAGGAAUGUUUAUCGUGUAAAGAAAAUCUCCUUGGCCAUAUGGAACACACUGCGAUUUAUUAAGAGUUGCUUUCAGUGGGAAUCUACAAAAAGAAGUAUAAUAGCAUUUGUGUUAUUUGUGCUAACGGUCUGGAAUCUGGAGCUUUACAUGAUACCACUAGUUUUUCUGCUCAUGUUCGUUUACAACUUCACCAUGAUUACGAUGGGGAAGGUCAACGCUCAGGACAACCUGGAUGGGAUAGAUAUCGGAGAGGAUGAUGACGAUGAUGAAAAAGAAUCUGAGAAAAAGAGCAUCCGAGACCGAAUUCAGAUGGUGCAAGACAUUGUUAUAACGGUUCAGAAUGUUUUGGAAGAAAUUGCAUGUUUUGGUGAAAGGAUUAAAAACACUUUUAACUGGAGUGUCCCUUUCUUAUCAUUUCUUGCGUGCUCUGUACUCCUGGUCGCAACCAUUGUUUUGUAUAUUAUACCCAUCAGGUAUAUCAUCCUAUUAUGGGGUAUCAAUAAAUUCACAAAAAAGCUUCGGAAUCCGUACUCCAUUGAUAACAAUGAAUUAAUGGAUUUUCUUUCCAGGGUACCAUCUGAUGUUCAGAAGGUGCAGUACGUUGAACUGAAACAAUAUAGCAACCAAGGUGUUCUAAGGAAGAAGCGGAGUGGGCUGUAAAGAAGACUUCUUAUUUACUGUGCAAGAUUUUAACACUAAAUCAAUAAAAUUUUCUGGACUCCAAUGGACAAAUAGUAGAGUAACUAAAAAAAAAAUCUUACCGAGGGGGGGGGGGGGAAAGAAAAAAUCUGAACUUUUUGAAUGAUUUUCCCAGUCCUUACAAAGCCUGCCAAUUUUGUAGGUAGACCACUCCAGGUUUGGUUUGUCUUUCCAUUUUGCAGUACCCAAUAAUACAUAUGAACCACUGAGAGAGAAUUUGUCGGUUGUGUCCAAAAUGACUACAGAGCUGAAAAUAUUUUAAAGGCCGUAAAACCUAUUUUAUCAAUAUAUUUUACAUUUCCUUUAAUUGUAUUUAUUAAGAUAACAAUGCCUUAAUACAUUCACUUAAUGGCACCAAGAUUAUGCUCUUCAAAAUGUUCUCCAGAAAUCAUGAUCAUCUUUGAACUUUUAUGUGCUUUGCAUGUUUAUUAUUGUGUAACAUAUAAUCUAAAGGGGUGAGAAAAUCUCCCUUUGCUUACCAUGAAUGCAUACAAACAACUUCUGUUAUACUGGAGUGCAGUACACUCUUACAAUGCCAAUGUUUACACAUUAAUUUUGUAUGUUUUCUAAUCCUGUUUAUUCCGUAGCUUGGGGACUUCAAACAAUAUGGGUUCUAAGGAUUAAGGGAUGUAUAGGUAAAUCUUACCCUAAAAAUCUUACCCCAAGUGACAAUUUUUUUGUUUCUAUUUUUAUUUAAGGAAGGAGAACUUUGCAUUUGCACCUUAAUCACAGCCGAGCUGCAUAAAUAGUGUACAUUACUAUUUGUUUACCUUGCACUUUCUGCACAAAGACACUACAUAAUCUGUAAAGUAUUUCAAGCACAAAUGCAUUAUGAGGGUCGGAAACCCUUUCAUUAUAUAGGUGUUUGUUAAAGUACGUAGAGGAUGGAGCACAAAGGAAAAACAUGCGUCUUGCUAGCCCAUUUAGUCACGAUGGCAUCAUGCACACAGUAAUGUAUAUAAGAGCAUUUUCUCCCUUUGCCUGCUGCUCAAUUUGACUAUACAAAAUAUAUAUAUAUAUCUGGCAGGGAAUGUUUAAUAAAUGUGCCAAAGAAUAGUUUAUUUUUUAUACAUUAAAAAGAGGCUAAUAUAUGUUUUUUUUGGAGUUGUUUACCACCUGAACCAACAGAGAAGCAACAUUAUUAACAUACACAUGUGAUCCAGGAAUGUAUUUUGCUUGAAUGGAUUUAUUCAUUGUUAAAGUUUUGCUUAGAUAUUAAACGUUAGAGAUGAAUCCAGGUACAUUGAAGGUCAACACUGCGUUGCAGAGCAACACGUUGCUGACCUCUCCCAGAGGGCUAAAUACAUGUAUAGUAGUUUUUUAACUUUUAG